AUACCUUCCCACCGCAAAGAUCGGCUGCCAGCUAAUCACGACCGCGUACUUGGAUAAGUUGUUGACCUCACCACGCUGCAGUGCAGCUGCGACCUUCAAAGGGAUCGCAUUUAUCACGAAUCACUUGCUCUGCUGAUGUGAGACUCUAGGUCCACACUGGCAUCAUAACACCACCUCGACUAUUCGCCUACAUCGCAUCUGCCUCGCUGCUUUCGCUUGCUUCUCCAUCACGAAUGCAUCGGUCACUCUGCUUGAAGGCACGAUAAUCCUCUUGCGUUCUCUUGCCGCCAUGAUCGCCUCUUCCUCCAAGGCGACCUCAAUCAAGCAGAGUGGAUCCACACCAUCAAACAGUGCAGACUCGGAACGCACGAAGAGAGGGUCCGGCUUCUCGCUCACAUCGCAUAGCGAUUCAAAGCAUGGGAACGAGGAGGAUCUGGCGGAAUGUAAUUCGAAAGGCCCUGCCCAACUUUUGGCACCAUCAUCGUCUGAUAGUUCGUCAGCAGAGGAUUCCGCCGCCAGGACGGGCGAAGCGGAGCACCCUCCGCAUGCGAGUCAGGUUGUCGAGCGGGAAAGUGCAGCACGAGGCGAGGUCUGGUCAGAUCGCGAGAAGCAUGCAUCAUUGAUAGCGGAGCAAUUGGCCGGGACACGUCAAGGUGAUAGGAUAUGGGUCGAGUGGGAGGAAGGAGAUCCAGAGAAUCCUUUCAAUUUCAGUCCCACAAGAAAAUGGCUAAUGACCAUCUUUGCAACAUUCUUCACCAUGGAGGUGGCUGCCACAGCCGGCGCCUACGUCCCGGGCAUACCCUCCAUGGAAGCAUCGCUGCGCCAUGACCUGCACGAAGUCAGCCUACUGGGCAUCUCGGUGUAUGCUUUCGGAUUCGGUCUGCCUCCCCUAGUGCUCGCACCGCUGAGCGAGGUGAUGGGGAGGAACACGAUCUACCUGGUCAGCCAUGCUCUCUACACAAUACUCUUCGUCGGCAUCGGCCAAGCUCGUAAUAUCCAAACCGUCAUUAUUCUGCGGUUCCUGCAAGGAGCUUUUGGGAGCACAGGCAGCACCAUGGUCGGUGGCAGUAUAGCAGACCUGUUCAGCUCCAGCGAUCGAGGUGCACCGAUGGCUCUGUUCGCUACCGCCGCUAUCUUUGGCACCGGCUUCGGACCAUUCUGGGCAGGCUUCGUCGAGCAGCACAUCGCAGAUGGCUGGCGGUGGAUUCAGCACAUUCAGGCAAUUUAUACCGGGGCAUUUCUCAUCAUCUUUGCCGUCGUACUCAAGGAAACUAGAGGAAGCGUGAUUCUUGCCCGCCGUGCGAGCCGACUCCGCAAGCAGACGGGCGAUGGAAGGUACAUGGCCAAGAGCGAGCUGGAGCGCGCAAGUGUCGUGACUCUCAUCAAGGGGAGCCUGACGAGACCCAUGAUCAGUAAGCAGCUGAUCGCUGGUCGCGCAUACAUUUGGCGAGCUCUGACGAGCAUCGAAAUCUUCUUCUUGCCUCCAGUGCUCUUCACUGAACCAGUGGUGACGGCUUUCAGUCUUUGGAUCAGCCUUCAAUGGGGAAUGAUGUACGCCUUAUUGGAAAGCAUUGGCCUGGUAUCAGCGUUGCAUGAUUACACGCCUGGUCAGACCGGGCUGGUGUUCCUAGCGAUCUGUGUUGCCGCCCUGAUUGGCAACCUCCUCAACCCUCUCUCAGAGAGAGCGUAUGCUCGCAACUAUCCGAAAAGAGGAGCGGAAGCUCGACUAUACGCGGCCAUGUUCGCGGGCUUGAUGUUCCCGGCAGGGUGCGCGAUCUAUGCAUGGACGUCCUAUCCUGAUGUCAGCAUGGCGGGUCCCAUCAUCGGAAUCGUCGUCCUUAUGGUGGCGGUGUACAUCGUCUAUCUUGCCGCUUUCUCCUACCUUGCCGAUUCUUACGGUCCUUAUGCCUCGUCAGCACUAGCAGCGCAGUCUUUCUCGCGCAACAUGUUCGGAGCAGCUUUCCCUCUAUUCACGACGCAAAUGUACAAGAACCUCGGAUAUCAAUGGGCGUCGAUGCUUGCUGGGCUGAUAGGUUUGGUGCUAGGAUGUGCGCCCUUCUUGCUCUUCCGGUGGGGUCCGCAGAUCCGAGCAAAAAGUAGAUUGAGCAGCGAGCUCGAAAGAUUGGGGCUUUUGUAGACUGAUUGCUUCAAAAUGUAGGCGCAGUGUACGCGCUGCCUCACCGUGAAGGGAGUUCUCUUUUCAACGAAUGCAGAUUGCUCCCUACACGGCAUUCUACGUCUCCGCCACAGAUUUUUCUACGCU